UUUCCUUGGGAACAUGUACUCGAUUAUUCGUACAUUUGUCCCAUAUAUAAUGAUUAAUUAGGGAAUGACACCAUCUUUUGCUAUUGUGCUCAAAUAAUGAGUUGUUGAAUGUUAAAUUUUGAUUCUGUAUGUAGAAAUGUAACAGUUAAAUUUUGGCAUGAAUCACAUUUAGAUCCAUAAUACCCGAUUAUAUAGGGCUAUAUAAAGCAAAAUUAGUCUUAAAUUUUGGAAAAGUCACAAAAUCCAAACUCUGGCCUCUGAAACGUUAUUGACAAUUUGACACCCUUUCCUUGUCUGUCAUUUCGUAUUGUAGCAGCAUCUACACCUUUGUUUGUUCGAGUAUCCACAAUGCAGCCUCCAGAAUUGCAACUACAACAACCAACACCAACACCACCACCACCACCACCACCACCACCACCACCACCCGUUCAAACGUCACAAGCACCAGCAUCGUCUCCACGUCCUAAUGUUCACGUACCGCAAGAAUGUCCACGUAAUAGUACACAAAUGCUAGAAAUGCCGUCACCAUCAGCACCACCACCAUCUCCAUAUCCUAAUGGAAGAGCGAGAUCGCCAGUGCAUAUUCCUGUGAGAUACCCACCACCUUUAAACUUAAACGUAAACCAAGUAACAACUACGGCUGAAUGGUCUACCGGACUUUGUGCAUGCCACUUUGACGUCGCAAAUUGUUGUAUCUCAUUGUUUUGUCCAUGCAUCACGUUUGGGCAGAUUUCAGAGAUAAUUGAUAAAGGCACGUCAUCCUGUGCGAUCAAUGGAGCAAUAUACGCAUUGCUUGCUAUAGUACUUGGAUGUGCGUGUUUUUACUCUGCUAUUUAUCGACGAAGGAUGAGGUAUCAAUUCAAUUUGAAAGGCAGCAAUCUCGAGGAUUGUUGCAUUCAUUCAUGCUGUGAGAUUUGUGCUCUUUCCCAAGAAUACCGCGAGCUUCAAUUGCUAGGUUUCGACUUGGGUUUAGGAUGGCAUGCCAAUAUUGAUAGACAAAACCAAGGAGCAACCACGGUACCACCUCCACACGAGAGCAUGCGGAGAUAAAAAAAAAAAUGUAGCAUAAGAUGAACACAACUCAACUUCAUCACCAGUCAAAAUAACUGUGACAAUGCAAAUGAGACUCAAAGCUAUUAUUCAAAAACCCGAAGUUGAUGAUGGGAAAAUGGCAAUUUGGGGUGGUCCAAUCAUGCAAAUGGUGAUGAUAGGUUAGGUCAAAGUGUUGCACUCUUCCCUGCCCAAACCCAGCUGCAAUACAAAAGGCAGAGUAUUGUCAAUUUCUGCUUUAUACAACAAAUUAUAGGGGGAAAAGAAUUGUGACAUUCUAUCCCACACGCCACAUUUACAAACCAAUUUGAUAUUCUGGCUUCCA